ACGAAGACACUGCCUCUCCAGACACCACUACAAGCUACACGUCAACCUCACAUCUAUCAAUUCGACUCGAUCUACAAAACAAACCUAGAGGUGGACAGGGUAUCAUGGUCCCUCCGGAGAUUCUACAUUUGAUCUUCUCGUGGUUGGACAGGAGAGAUCUGGUGCCCUUCCUGCUCUUCUCGAGUACCUUUGAUUUCGCGGUAGAGCACAUCUACCGACACGUACCCAUGUCGGUGGUCUCGCUUCUGGAACUAAACGACUCUAGACCAUCCUUGCUUCGUUCCUCCGGGAAGCCCGAAGAUGGGGGACAGAGUAGUCUAGAGCGUACGAAGGCCUACAGAAAGGCUGUCCGCGUUCUGAUCCACCCUCCUAUCGGCGACACCGAUCCGGACGUUCUCGAUACAGCUUUAUCCGAACCUCCUGACUUCCUCCAACUCAAGGAGAGCUUUCUACCUGGCCUACAAUACGUAUGGCGUAAGCAGGUCGGGAACCGGUUCUCUCAAGAGUACAGGCAGGCCUCUAUUUGCUACAAUCCUGAGGGUCGGAUACUCUGUAUCAUCGUCAGUCCGAGUCGGGUCAGUCUGCCUGACUCCUUGAAAGCUAUCGGCGUUUGGCUGGCUGGCCCCUCCGUGAAACCAGCAAAUCGGCCGAGGAUCUUACUCGGGGAAUCUCACGGCGAUGAUUGGCGGUCGCGAGUCCGCACCAAUGCAAGAUGGGACGCUCCGCUUGAUUACCAUGACCAUAGUCAGCAGGUCAAAAGGCUCAGACUGGAGAGUUACCGCAUCCACAUGAGUGAACUUGACCGGCUCCUAGAAUCGUUUCCGGGACUCGAGGAGCUCGGCAUCAACCUGGAGUUGCUUCUAUCAUACGAAAUCAGGCCGGACAUGAUAAGUCGGCAUGGUCAUCGGCUGAAGCGAAUAUUUCUUCGGGCCUCAACCACGGACACUCUGGACAGGAUCCUGGGCCAAGAGUUGCCGUCUCUGACGUCUUUGUUCAUUCGAUUGGACCCGGCAAUUUUACCGUACAUGACAGCCGAGUCGAAGUGGAAUGCUCCUGGUCUUGCCGACUUGCACCUGCAAUUACAUUCGCAAUGGGCGGGAAGUCCUGAAAGAGUCAACAAAUGGCUUUCAGCUCACAUCCCGAGGUCUUGUACCGUUGAAAUCUUCUUCGGCGGCCCGGAUGACUGCGCUUCUCUGAAAAGCAGACCCUGGCAAAAAGACUGGACUGACCGAUUCAAAGCUCUCCGGCUCUCCGAUUCCGAACGGAAUCGAGGUCCGCCUGGCUUCUCGCUUGUUGCUUGAACGAAACACUCGUUCUCGUCGUCACUGAUUGACCGAUACACGAUACGUCGAGGCGAACCUUACCUUACCUUCCGGCUUGCGGAAGCGAUUUCCCCAUGGCCUAGAAUAUGAUCGACGAAAGACCGAUCUCGAAUGUCACCAUACCCCAUUGUCUACAUGACCGCUUCUCCUUUAUGUUGCAGGAUCUUUCGCCCUAAACAUCCAUACAUGCUAUACACGAUUGUAAUAUCUUGUCUUCUCUACUUUCAUCCCGGUACAGCAGAAGCGCGUCCUCAUCGAUCGUAGCGCGUAGCGCGAUCCUACGUCAUUCGAUCAAUCAACCUCGAUGGGCAGAUUCGCUCGAGACUUUUUCUGACUUGCAC